AUGUCCACGCCUUUGAAGGUGUGGCAACGUUGGUCUACGCCGACGAAAGAGACGAAUCCGGAUUCGAAUGGAAAGGGUUUAGACAUGGUGACCCCAGUUCCGGGUCGGGUCAGUGAGAUCCAGUACGACGACCCGAGAAUAUUGCCUGAGAAAGUUUCAGAGCUUGAAAACGAGCUUUUUGAGUACCAACACAAUAUGGGUCUUCUUCUGCUUGAGCAAAAGGAGUGGAGUUCCAAAUACGAAGAGCUUCAACAGGAAUUUGAAGACGCAAACGAGUGCCUUAAGCGGGAACGCAAUGCGUAUCUGGUUGCUUUAGCAGAUGUUGAGAAGCGGGAAGAAGGGCUGAGGAAAGCUCUGGGGAUUGAGAAGCAAUGUGCACUUGAUCUGGAGAAGGCUUUGCGGGAACUACGCUCUGAGAACGCAGAGAUCAAAUUUACAGCUGACUCAAAGUUGACUGAGGCAAAUGCUUUGGUUAGAAGUGUCGAAGAGAAAUCUCUCGAGGUUGAAGCAAAGCUGCGUGCUGUUGAUGCGAGGCUCGCUGAAGUUAGUAGAAAGAGUUCGGAGGUGGAGAGGAAGGCAAAGGAAGUGGAAGCUCGAGAAAGUUCUCUUCAAAGGGAGCGAUUCUCUUACAUUGCUGAACGAGAAGCAGACGAGGCAACUUUGAUAAAGCAGAGGGAGGACUUGCGUGAAUGGGAAAGAAAGUUGCAAGAAGGAGAAGACAGAGUUGCUAAGUCUCAAAUGAUUGUGAAACAGAGAGAGGAUAGGGCAAAUGAAAGCGAUAAGCUUAUCAAGCAAAAGGGAAAGGAACUCGAGGAGGCUCAAAAGAAGAUUGAUGCUGCUAACCUUGCUUUGAAGAAAAAAGAAGACGAUUUCAGCUCAAGGACCAAAGCUCUUGCUUUAAAGGAGCAAGAAACUGAUGCGCUGAAGAAAUCCCUAGAGACGAAAGAGCAAGAGCUACUAGCUCUCCAAGAGAAACUGGAUGCCAGAGAAAAGGUUGCAGUUCAGCAGCUAAUUGAUGAACACCGAGCUAAAUUGGAGGCAACACAGUCUGAGUUUGAGUUGGAAAUGGAGCAGAAAAGAAAAUCCAUUGAUGACAGCUUGAAGAGCAAGGUUAUGGAAGUGGAAAAGAGGGAAGCUGAGUGGAAGCAUACGGAAGAGAAAGUUGCUAAACGUGAACAAGCAUUAGAGAGGAAACUGGAGAAGCAUAAAGAAAAAGAACAAGAUUUCGAACUGAGACUAAAAGACAUAACUGGCAGAGAGAAAGCCUUGAAAAGCGAGGAGAAGGCAUUGGAAACUGAGAAGAGAAAACUGCUUGAGGAUAAGGAAAUUAUUCUCAGUCUUUUAGCUGAAGUCGAGAAGAUAAAGGCUGAAAAUGAACUACAGCUAUCAGAAAUUCGCAAAGAGAAGGAGGGGCUUAGAGUUACUGAGGAAGAGAGGUCUGAGUAUCUUCGUCUGCAAACCGAAUUAAAGGCACAAAUAAAAAAGUGCAGGUCUCAACAGGAUCUGCUUUCAAAAGAGGUUGAUGAUCUGAAGGCCCAAAGGGAAUGUUUCGAGAAAGAAUGGGAAGAGCUUGAUGAGAGGAAAGCUGAGAUCGAGGCCGAACGAAAGAAUAUAACUGAUCAGAAGGAAAAACUAGAGAGGCAGAAUCACUUGGAAGAAGACAGGCUGGUAAAGGAAAAGCAGGCAGCAAAUGACAACAUGAAAAGGGAGCUAGAAGCUCUUGAAGCCGCAAGAGUUUCAUUUGCAGAUAGUAUGGAGCAUGAGCGUUCAGUGAUCGCUAAGAAAGCUGAGAGUGAAAGAAGUCAACUGCUUCAUGACAUCGACAUGCUCAAAAGGAAACUCGAGGCUGAUAUGCAGACCAAACUGGAAGAAAGAGAAAGGGAGUUGCAAGCUGCAGAGAAGCUAUUUGAGGAAGAGAGAGAAAAGGAAUUGAGCAAUAUUAACCACCUUAAAGACGUAGCCAGAAGAGAAAUGGCAGAUGUGCAGAGCGAUAGACAGAUAAUAGAGAAAGAGAAGAUAGAAGUUGAUGCUAGUAAAAAACAUCUGGAAGAGCAGCAGACAGAGAUCCGGAAAGAUGUUGAUGACCUUGUUGCGUUGACCAAGAAACUGAAGGAACAGCGGGAACAAUUCAUUAGCGAGAGAAGUCGUUUCCUUGCUUCCAUGGAAAGUUAUAGGAACUGCAAUCCAUGCGAUGAACUGCUUUCAGAGUUUGCGCUUCCUGACAUUGAGAACAUAGAAAUGCCCAAUCUGUCAAAACUGGCAAACAUUCUUGAGAACGAAGCGCCAAGGCAGGAAAUGAGGGUUAUAUCCCCAACUCCGACUGCCUUAGGAUUACAGAAACCUAGUGGGACGGUGUCAUGGCUCCGGAAAUGUACUUCAAAGAUUCUCAAGUUGUCCCCAAUAAAAAUGACAGAAACCUCUGAUACUGAGCAAGCUAACGUAAACAGUGGGCCAUCAACUAUGCUUCAGGCAGCGACAAACUUCUCCUUUGAUGUUCAAAGGGACCAAUCUGAAACAGACACAAGAGAAGUCGAAGUCGCCAAUGCAAACUCAGACGGCGAUCAUAGCAACAUCAACAGCAAGGCUCAAGAAGUUGCUGCAGAUUCGACGUCCAAUCUAAAUGCGGAUGGUCAAUCUCGCAGGAGAAGGAAAAAAGUCAUAAGAACACGCUCUGUCAAAGAUGUCGUCCAAGAUGCUAAAGCUAUCUAUGGAAAAUCCAUAGAAUUCAACGAGCCCGAAGGUUCUACAGAAAAUGUUGAGGACUCUGCUGCAGGAAAUGAUGGAAGCAUGGGGGAGCCUGGUCUUUCUGAGAAAGGAACUUCAAAGAAUGGCCGGAAACGUGGGCGUGUGGGUUCCUUGAGAACUUGUACUACUGAGCAGGAUGGUACUGAGAGUGAUGGAAAAUCAGAUAGUGUCACCGGAGGAGCUCGUCAGCGUGGGAAGAGGCGGCAAAAGGUUGCAGCAGAGCCACAAGAAGUGGUGAAACAACGAUAUAAUUUCCGAAGACCUAGAAGGGGAGCUGGAGAAACCGCACUUGCUAAGAAGAAUGUAGAAACUAGUGGAGUGCAACAAGGCGAGGGAAUUCACUGUGCUCAAACCACAGCGACAGCAUCAGUAGGAAUUGUUGUUAGCGAUAACGAAGUAAGCACAAAUGUCGAGCAGCGUGAAGCCAUGGCAGACUCUGAGGAUACAGAUGCAGGUUCGCCGAAAAGAACAGGUGACAGUGAAGCAAUGAGUGAAGAUGGGAACAAAACACCUGAAAGGGCUGACUCUGGAAACCAGUACGAUGAAGAUGAUGAAUCAGAAUCAGAACAUCCCGGGAAUGUCUCCAUGAGUAAGAAGCUAUGGACUUUCUUGACCACGUAG